AUUAGGCUUAGUAUCAUAUGUUUCUAAAACACAAACUCACCUGAGAUCAUAACGCAUCUCAAGUGUCAGAUCUUUCACGUGUAGACCUUGGUUUGGAGAAGAUCAGAAUGAAGACAACGAGACACAAAUUUGAAGCGUGGUGGUGAGACUUGUUGGACAUGCUGGACACCGAGAGACUCCCUGAAGUGGCUGGAAUAUUCUUACACACUGUCUCUCUGGAGCUGAUGGCCAGUAUCCAGAGUCCAUUUGCCAUGACUUCAUUGUUGAACCCAGAUCAAGGUGACACCGCAACAGAUCGGACUAAAAAGAGAAGGACGGUGAUCCCAAGUUGGACUGAAGAUGAAGAGGUGAAGGAAUUGCAGAAGUCGUAUAGCAGAAAUAAGGUCCGAACGACCAAGUACACCUUCUUGUCCUUCAUCCCCAAGAAUGUUUUUGAGCAACUUCAUCGUUUUGCCAAUGUAUACUUCCUCUUUUUGGGUGCAUUGAACUUUGUGCCUGUUGUAAAUGCAUUCCAGCCAGAGAUCUCGAUCAUUCCUAUUAUCGUAGUGAUGACUAUCACUGCUGUUAAAGACCUUUGGGAGGACCAGCGUCGGAGGAAGUCUGACCAACAGGUCAAUAACUGCUUGUGUGAUGUGUAUGACAGGACGCAACAACAGUAUGUGGGGCAUCGCUGGGCAGAGGUACGUGUCGGUGAUUUGGUCCGCCUGGGCUGUAAUGAGAUCAUUCCUGCUGACCUGGUGCUUCUUCACUCGUCUGAUCCUAAUGGCGUGUGUCACAUCGAGACUGCCAACCUAGAUGGAGAAACUAACCUCAAACAGAGGCAGGUGGUUCGUGACCUGCCACAACAGGAAUCAGAAUUUAUUCCUGAAAACUUCAACAGUCGCAUUGAGUGUGAGAAUCCAAACAAUGACUUGAGACGGUUCAGAGGCUUCAUGGAGCAUCCUGGUAAAGUUCGGGUUGGACUACACAGUGAAAACCUGCUUCUGAGGAGCUGCACUGUGAGAAAUACAGAGACUGUGAUUGGCAUUGUGGUCUAUGCAGGCCAUGAGACCAAAGCGAUGCAGAAUAACAGCGGGCCACGCUAUAAGAGAAGUAAACUGGAGCGCAGGCUCAAUAUGGACGUUCUCUGGAGUGUUGCACUACUACUACUCAUGUGCUUUAUUGCUGCUGUAGGUCAUGGUCUUUGGUUGAAUGGAUUAAAGGAUCCCAUCUUCAUGAUUUCCGAUGACACACCUGCUGCCCUCGCAGCCUUUUACAUGUUCUGGACUAUGAUCAUUGUUCUGCAGGUGCUGAUUCCAAUAUCUCUCUAUGUGUCCAUAGAGAUUGUGAAACUGGGACAGAUUUAUUUUAUUCAGAAUGAUUUAGAUCUGUAUAACCCCCAACUGGACACAGGAGUGCAGUGCAGAGCAUUGAACAUCACAGAAGACCUAGGACAGAUCCAGUAUGUUUUCUCAGACAAGACUGGAACCCUCACAGAGAACCGCAUGUUGUUUCGACGCUGUACUAUAGCAGGAACUGAGUACCCUCACCAUGAGAAUGCGGUUUCUCUGGAACAUUAUGAGAAGCAGGCUUUUGGUGAUGCAGAUCCCUCACUCACCCUGAGGUCGCGCUCUAGCAGAAAGUCUAUGAGCUGUAAAUCACUCAGCUGCAACCGGAGUUCAGUGUCCCUCAAUACCCUCACUGAAGAUUCUGACAUACACUCCCCCCACGACACACACUCCCCCCACGACACACUACGCAGACACACACCUGGAGCCUUCAGCAGCACUAUGGAGUGUGCUAUUGUUCCAGACCCUCAGCUACAGGUAAAGCUGGGUGCCCUGUCUUCCCCCACGCAUUCCCCUGUCCGACAGGAAGCUGCUGAAUUAUCUCACAUCCUGGACUUCUUUCUUGCUCUGGCUGUCUGCAACACUGUGGUAGUUUCCUCACCCACCCAGCCAAGACACAUGGUCCAGAUGCCUGUAUUCCGCACUCCCCUGCGCUCUUUAGAGGAGAUGAAGGCCCUGUUGCAGAAGCUGAGUCUGCCUCGCUUUCCAUAUUCACCUAACCAAAGCACAGACACCCCUCCUAGCCUGACCAAGAAACUCUUUACCCGGGGUCGUUCGGCAGCUUACUUCCCUAACAGUGCACCACAAACACCUAUCAUGUCCCUACAGUCACCCUCCACACCCAUUUGUGUCUCUUCAAACCCUUUCUCCUCCCCCUCGACACUGAUGCCCAGUGGGGCAUGGGGAGAGGACAUUGGAGACUUACAGCAGGCUAAAGAUGAUGGUGCUGAUGAGACUGACAGCGAGGAUGAAAAUGAGGCAGAAGAGUUGCUUUAUGAGGCAGAGAGCCCGGAUGAGGCAGCGUUGGUGCAAGCAGCAAAGGCAUAUGGGUGCACUCUGCUGGGCAGGUCCCCUGAGCAAAUCAUUGUAGCUGUUCCAGGCACUGGGCCGCUCUCCAUCCCUCUGCUACAUGUACUACCGUUUCAUUCUGCACGCAAGAGGAUGUCUGUGGUUGUCCGCCAUCCCUUCACUGGAAAUGUGGUAGUGUACACUAAAGGAGCUGAUAAUGUCAUCAUGGAGCUGGCUGAUGAAGCUGAAGAUGGUAUUUCUAGGGAGGUUAUGGAGCGGACACAGAGACAUCUGGACCAGUAUGCAAGAGAGGGACUUCGCACACUCUGUGUUGCUAAAAAAGUGUUGGAAGAGCAGGAAUACAAAGCCUGGUUGAAGAGACAUGAGUUUGUAGAGACCAGCAUUGAAAACAGAGAAGAGCUUCUGCUUGAAUCUGCCGAGAGACUGGAAACUAAUCUCACAUUAUUGGGGGCGACGGGUAUUGUAGACCGUCUGCAGGAGGAAGUUCCUGAGACCAUUGAAGCUCUGCAGGAAGCUGGGAUUAAAGUAUGGGUCCUUACAGGGGAUAAACAAGAGACCGCUAUUAAUAUUGCCUUUGCUUGCAAACUCCUCAGACCCACAGACCAGCUUCUCACAGCCAAUUGUGACAGCAAGGAGUCAUGCGAGGCUCAACUUCAUGAGUUACAACAUGAGAUAAGACAGUGCACAACGAGAGGCGUGUCUGAAGAUGAUUCGAGCAGUUGUGACUUUGUGCUAGUCAUUGAUGGCCGUACGCUGGACUUUGCUUUGCAGAAGGAGCUACAGGGGCUGUUUCUGGACCUCACGUGCUGCUGUCGCUCAGUCAUAUGCUGCAGAUCCACCCCCCUGCAGAAGAGCCAAGUUGUACAGCUUGUCCGAGAUAAAUUGAAAGUCAUGACCCUGGCUAUAGGUGAUGGAGCAAAUGAUGUUAGUAUGAUACAAGUUGCAGACGUGGGUAUCGGCAUCUCAGGCCAGGAGGGCAUGCAGGCGGUGAUGUCCAGUGACUUUGGCAUCUCGAGAUUUAAGUACUUGAGAAAGCUGAUUUUGGUUCACGGUCAUUGGUGCUAUGCACGCUUGGCUAACAUGAUCCUUUAUUUCUUCUACAAGAAUGUGAUGUAUGUGAACCUGUUGUUCUGGUACCAGUUUUUCUGUGGGUUUUCAGGCAGCACUAUGACCAACUCUUGGGUUCUAAUCUUCUUUAACCUACUAUUCACCUCUGUCCCUCCACUUGUAUAUGGCGUGCUGGACAAAGAUGUGUCUAGCGAGACACUCCUAGACCUGCCUGAUCUCUAUAAGUCUGGACAGAACUCUCAGGCCUACCUUCCCUCAACAUUCUGGUUGACCAUGCUGGAUGCUUUUUAUCAAAGCUUGGUGUGCUUCUUCAUACCUUACUUUGCAUAUGCAGGGUCUGAUGUUGGAGUAUUCUCCUUUGGAUCUCCAAUUAAUGGCUCUGCCCUGCUCAUCAUCCUCCUGCAUCAAGUCAUAGAGAGCCGUACACUGACAUGGCUGCACGCUGGAUUGCUCCUCUUCAGUGCCCUGUUCUAUUAUGCCUUUGUUCUCUUGUUCAGCAUUGUAUGUGUGACAUGCAAUUCUCCUACAAACCCCAUUGGCAUUGAGACAAAAAUGAUGUCCGACCCGGUUUACCAUUUCGUAUGUGGACUUACCACAGUCCUGGCACUGCUUCCAAGGAUCCUGUUUCAUGCUUUUUGCAACACAAUCUAUCCUUCUGACCUGGUGAGAGCACAGAAAAUGGAGAAACUUCCUUCAGAGGAGUAUUUUUCUUGUGUUCGGCAGUGGAGGGAGAACAAAGCCGCUCAAAAAUUGUCUCUCAGACACAUCCCCCAAAGCCUCAUUGUGAAUGCUGACGCCCCCAAUUUAACAGACUGUAUCCCAGAAGCAGGCGCCGUUCUCUUCUGACCAAUAAAAAAAUGGCCACCUUUAUCCAUAUAAGCAUGGAAAUUAGUUAAAAUAAUGACCUCUAUAUUCUUGCACUUUAAUGAUUGGCAGAUACUCUGAUCAAUCAGAUCUCAGAGCUGGCUUUUAUCUGGUCAAUGAGUGUUUUUAAAUGCCUUGUUGGAGCUUACAGCUGGACUGCAUUGCAAACUCUGAGUCGCCCAUGGAUUUUUUUUAAAUAGACUUAAAUGUGGUCUAGCACUGUCUCCUGACGGAUAUGCAGAAAGUUGUUUACAUAUCACAGGCUGUGCCUGUAGCCUUUUGAAUUACAUAUGCACUCCAGCACCACACAGGAAAUGUUGAACAUACCUCUGCUGUUUGGAGGGAUUUGAAAAGGUGUGGAUUGCUACUGUGAUCCUACUGUAAUGCUAUGCUCAAUUUUUGGUUAUUGAGGCUAAAAUAUAAAAAGUUGCACAAUUGCUUUGAUCACUGUUGUGGAAAAUGAGAUUGUAUGCGUAUUUCACACAAAUCCCCAUACAAUCUUCUUUCAAAUUCAUUUACAUUUUUCCUCUCUGAUGAAAAAUGAUCAUGAUUGAAUUCUAUUACAAUGCCAUCAAAUGAACAGAUUUUCAAGUGACUAACUUCCCUACCAAAGUUCGUUUUCUGUCUCCAGCAAUAAUCACUGGUUGCUGGACACGUGAAUUGAAACGAGUGAAUUGAUUGGAGGAGCAGCCUGAAUGUUGGAAAAAGAAAUGUAUUCUAAUUGUUGCUGAUCUGGUUGUCCUUAAGUAGUUAGAAAACACAUUACUAUUUCAUGCGCAUUAAAACCUGAUCAUGGAGUACUUCAUGGAGAGAAAAUAAUUAUAAUGUAUUCAUUAUAAUAUAUAUAAUGUAUUUGUGACUUGACAUCCUUUAUUUCCAUUUCCGUGUUCAUUCUGAAAGUGAACAUUCAUACAAGAUGAAUUACAGAUGGACAGAUCCAGUAUUUUAUACAUGCUUUUUAUUCAAAAAUUCUUAUGACAGAAAUGAAUGCUUGAGUUUUGGAAGCAUGAAUUGAUCUUUAAUGAUUUCAAGUGAAUUACUUGGAAAACUAAUAUUUUUGUAAUUUAUCAUUGUACAUCUGAUGUA